AUGGAGCACUUUGUGGAGUUACCUCCAGAGCUAUGCUCUUUGAAGAUAACUGGGUUCUCAAAAGAUAUGGGCAGUUCUCUGUCCUUGCUACCAUCAUUAAUGUGUCGCUUGGAGAAUUUGUUGGUGGCUAUUGAGUUGAAGGAUGUCAUGUCAUCCUAUUUCCCAGAGGCUUCUCAAAUUAGUGCCUCGGGUAUCCUUGAAGCACUGACUACUGAAAGGUGUUUAGAGAGGAUCUCUUUGGAGCGAUUAGAAGUCCUAGGUGAUGCUUUCUUGAAGUAUGUAGUUGGGCGCCAUAACUUUAUUUCAUAUGAAGGACUUGAUGAAGGUGAGAAUAAUUUGUUGCUCAUGAUUGUUUACACAAAAUUAAAACAUCUUGAUGCAAAAUAUAGAGAGACGACUUUACACCCGAAGAAUAUCCACCCAGAUAGACGUGAAAACUUUAACUUGAGGUGUACAAAAUCACAUCAUUGGUUGCAUAGGAAGACAAUUGCAGAUGUUGUUGAGUCACUUCUUGGAGCUUUUAUUGUCGAGUGUGGAUUCAAAGCUGCAUUUGCAUUCCUACAUUGGAUUGGGAUAAAACACAAGGCUCUUCUUCUCCAAGCAUUUGUACACCCUUCAUUCAAUAAGCAUUCUGGAGGAUGCUACCAGAGGAUGGAGUUUCUUGGAGAUGCUGUUUUGGAAUAUUUGAUGGCCUCAUGCCUCUACUCAGCUUACCCUGAUCUCAAGCCUGGUCAACUAACAGAUCUGAAAUCAUUAGCUGUGAAUAAUAAUUCAUUUGCUUAUGUGGCCGUUAAGAAAUCUAUCCAUAAAUAUCUCAUAAAGGAUUCUAAAUCUCUUACGGCAGCGGUAAAUAAAUUUGAGAAUUAUGUUAAUCUUUCAAGUUCAGAGAAAGACUUGUUAGAAGAACCAACAUGUCCAAAGGUUCUUGGUGAUAUUGUUGAAUCUUGUGUUGGUGCGGUGCUUUUAGAUUCCGGCUUCAACCUGAACCAUGUUUGGAAGCUAAUGCUAAUGCUUCUAAAGCCAAUAUUGAGCUUCUGUGGCAUGCACAUUGAUCCUAUGAGAGAACUCCGAGAAAUUUGUCAAUAUAAUGGUUUUGAGUUAAGACUUCCCAAACCUACGGAGGACAAUGGAGAGUUCCAUGUCAAAGUAGAAGUUAACAUAGAUGGCAAGAUGAUAAGCUGUACUGCAGCAAACCGGAAUUCGAAAGAUGCUAGAAAGGUAGCUGCACAAGAAGCGCUUUCAAAACUGAAGAGUACAACAGGAGAUAACAAGGUUGACAAGAAUGAUGUUAAUAAUGGAAGGAACAAUAAGUCCAAUGUGGUCGUGCAGAAUGGUUGCCUAUCUAGAGGGGCAACUGAUAAAAUAAACCAAAAAGAGUAUCACGGUAUGGUGAUAUGGUACAUAAAAACAGCAAGGUCAUUCCUUUAUGAACUAUGUGCUGCAAACUAUUGGAAACCUCCUGAAUUUGAGUUAUGCAAAGAUGAAGGACCAAGCCACCUUCGAAAGUUCACUUGUAAGGUCCUUAUUCAGAUCACGGGAACUUCAGCGACCCUUUUGGAGUGCUAUAGCGAUCCUAAGCUACAAAAGAAAGCAGCGCAUGAGCAUGCGGCAGAGGGAGCUCUGUGGUAUCUUAAGCAACUUGGAUACCUAUCAAAAGAUGAUAAUCGUGUCUAG